GUGUCCAGAGGACCGAGGCUGUCCCCAAACUGCCCAGUGCACUUUCUGGGCACACACUAACCCAGGCCCAGGCAAACAUUCCGAUGGCUAACCGUGCACCAUUGGUGUGCUUGCCCUCAUUCACUCAUGCAUUCAUGCAGCCUUGGCUGCAUCCAGUGGAGUUGAGAUCAUCCUCUAUGAGGGCAAGCACUUCACCGGAAGGAAGCUGGAGGUCUACGGGGACUGUGACAAUUUCCAGGACCGAGGCUUUAUGAAUCGGGUGAACUCCAUCCGUGUGGAAAGCGGCGCCUGGGUCUGCUUCGAUCACCCCGACUUCCGGGGUCAGCAAUUUAUCCUGGAGCAUGGAGACUACCCCGACUUCCUCCGCUGGAAUGGUCACAAUGACCACAUGGGCUCCUGCCGCCCCAUAGGAAUGCACGGGGAGAAUUUCCGCCUGGAAAUCUUUGAGGGCUGCAACUUCACCGGCCAGUGCCUGGAGUUCCGGGAAGACUGCCCCUUCCUGCAGAGUCAGGGCUGGUCCAAGAACUGCGUCAACGCCAUCAAGGUGUACGGGGACGGAGCGUGGGUCCUGUACGAGGAGCCCAACUACCGCGGCCGCAUGUACCUGGUGGAGCGGGGUGACUUCCGCAACUGCUCCGACUGGGAGGCCCACAACGCGCGCAUCCAGUCGCUCCGCAGAGUGGUCAACUACUUCUAGCCUGCCAGGACCCGGGCAUGCCUGGGGGUCGGGGGCAGCCCCUUCCGCCCCCCACCCUAGGCCUCAGACCCUAGGGAAUAAAAAUCAGAGAAAUGG